CUUUUCCGUCUCUGCUCACUCAGCGGUGCGCACAAGCUCUGGCGAAAGGACUUUUGGAGAAGUGUCGAACAAGGGCUGGUCGGCCGACGACGUGACUGAAACGCCAACGAUUGGAGAACGCAGCUCCACGACGAACAAACAUGAAUCCAACAUAUUGUCCAGCAUACGUGAGCGAUGAAGGGUGCCCCAGGGGACUCAGGUGUCGCAAACGCCACGAUAUCCAACGAUGUUCGUGUGGUUUGGUACUCCUAACAAAGUACUUUAUACCCCAUGUUCGUGGGCGACGACACCGCACACUUUUUCGCCAGAUGAAGGAGGCGCAGGGUCGAGCAGCAGGCCAAAAUACGGGGGCAGCGGCCGAUCCCCAAGCUGUACGCCGCUGCGACCGAUGUCCGCGCACGGUCCCAGAACGCUGGUGGAUGUCGCACCAAGAGUAUCAUGCCAGACAGGAUAAACGCACUGCCUAUCAGGCUGCAAUGGAACAAGCCGAAAACGACAAAGAGGGAAUCGUUGUCACAGGAAAGGAUGGGAUUGAUUUUGGCGUGUUGGAUGCGGAUAGCGCUGUGGAGGUGACUGUGACUAUUGAGAACACGACUGCAGAGUACGCCUUCUCGGUGAAAGCGUGCAGGAUGCGGUCUUCUACACGUGGAGAUGAACACGGGAAGAUGUUUUCUGCGCGUUUGAAGGGAAAAUCCAAGGGUAUCAGAGCUGGAUCCUCACGAACGCUCUCCAUCGUCUUCCACCCAGGCUACGCCGGGAAGUACGAGGACACACUCGAGCUGUUGUUCUGGCACCUGGACCUGCGUCGCUCCUUCGUCAUCACCCGCCGCGUUACCGCAACUGUCGGAGACCAGGAAGACCAUGAGCUCCUCCGCGCGAAAGCACCUUACACGGGGCCCAAAGAAACGCCUAGGUUCCGCCCCGAUGGGACCAAGAUUAUCCCAAGCUUACGACCCCCAACUUGGACGAAGACCAAUUGGACCGACAGACUCCCGGAAUACAAGGUCCCACAGAAGAUCAUCGAUGUCGCGUUCAACCCGAAGAUUAGGAACCAGAAUGCUAUACGGAAUAAUUACUACUGUACUUGGAGGAAGAACGGACAAGGCAAGUUUUCGCCAUUCAUUUCGAAAUAUGAUCGUCUUACCAUCGAGUACAGGCAAGAUCUAGACCGGUAUGCCCUUGAAGACGUGGAGAUCAAGCCCAAUUAUCCUCGCUAUGAACUCAAAGUACCAGGUCUCGCAGAAAACAGACCUUCCGUCCUCGUCGGUGAUUUUAUCCUCGUCAGCGAAUCCAAUCCCGCCAUCGCUUUCGAGAAUCGAACAUGGUACGAAGGCAGGGUCCACGAAGUCCGCAUGGAUGAAGUUGUCUUGCGCUUCGGUGACGGCUUCAACACCUAUAGAGGUAAUCGAUUCGACGUCCGUUUCGUCCUCAACCGUCUGCCGUAUCGACGAAUGCACCACGCCCUCGUCAACUCGUUCGCGCCUAGACGCAUUCUUUUCCCCGGCCCACAGGACAUUUUAGGUCUGAAGAGGGUGACUGCGCAACAGAAGGCGGCGAUUGUGCCGUAUUACCGCCAGCUCAAAGAUGAUGACGAGCAGUUGGAAACGGUCACUGCGAUCUUGCAUCAGAAUCCUGGAAGUGCUCCUUUCAUCGUCUUUGGACCGCCUGGUACAGGGAAGACGGUGACCAUCAUCGAGGCCAUGAAGCAGCUCCUGGACAAAGAUCCGAACGUCCGCAUCCUAGCUUGUGCGCCAAGCAACUCGGCCGCCGACCUCCUCGCCCAAAAGCUGGCCGACCGCGGGCCCAAAGUCGUCUUCCGACUCAACUCUCUCACCCGAAAGGUCUCCGACCUCCCCAAGAACCUGAAAGAGUUCUCUCGUAUCAACGAAAACACGGUGUUCGCUGUCCCGCCUGUGGAGGAACUGCUCCAGUAUCGCGUGGUUGUGGCUACCUGUCUAUCAGGUGGUGUUCCUGCGAGUCUGGGGGUGAAGAGAGGGCAUUAUAGCCAUAUCUUCAUCGAUGAGGCGGGGCAGGGUAAGGAGCCAGAAGUGAUCUUCCCCAUUAAGAGUUUGGCGGGCCCGAAGACGAACAUCAUUUUGGCGGGAGACAAUCAACAACUCGGUCCGAUUGUUCAGUGUAACAUUGCUGCUGGAUUAGGUUUGAAGACGAGCUAUUUGGCGAGGCUGAUGGACCGGGAUGUUUACAAUCUCGAUAAUGGUGGACGUGGUAUCACGAUCGUCAAGUUGGUCAAGAACUUUAGGUCCCAUCCCGCCAUCCUCGAGUUCUCCAACGACCAUUUCUAUAGUUCUGAACUCCAGCCAUGUGGUGAUCGAGCGAUGAUCUGCAGUUUGGAGACCUUUGAAGAGUUGCCGAAGAAACGGUUCCCGCUUAUCUUCCAUGGUAUUGUGGGCAAGGAUCAGCGAGAAGCGUCAUCGCCCUCGUUCUUCAAUGUCGAAGAGGCCUCUCAGGUCAAGAAGUAUUGCAAAGCUUUGUUGGAUAAUAGGAAGCUUAGAUUGACUGCUGAGCACAUUGGUAUUAUCACGCCUUACCAUGCUCAACGUUGCAAGAUCCUGGACUUGCUCCAUAAAGAAGUCAAGAUGAGGGACAUCAAAGUCGGAAGUGUGGAAGAGUUCCAAGGACAGGAGCGGCGCAUCAUUAUCAUGUCUACUGUCCGGAGCAACACCGAAUACGUUUCUUCCGAUAUCACUCGUUCUCUGGGAUUCGUAGCCAACAGUCGUCGUAUGAAUGUCGCAAUCACGCGAGCGCAAGCCCUGCUCGUCGUCAUCGGCAAUCCCAUCGUACUCUCCCUCGACCCGCUCUGGCGGUCCUUCCUCGGUUUCAUCCACACCCGUGGCGGCUGGAGAGGAAAGCAAAUCGACUGGAACCCCGUUGAUCUGGAGUCCAGUUUGGCGGGCACCUCGUUCGAGGCGAGACGUAGGACGGAGGCAGAGCGAGAGAUGGAGGAGACGAUUCAAAGGUUGAAGGCGCUUAUUGUUCAGAGGCAUGAAGAUUCGGAUGUUGAGUUGGAUUUGGAGGAUUCGGAUGAUGAGGAAGGGGAGUAUGCGACGGCGUUUGAGAGGCCGAUAUUGCGCGAGGCUGAGUAGAUUCAGAAGCUGUAUCAUAGUGUCAUGUGGGUUUCAUUCAGUUUGUACCACGAUUUCCGUUCGUCAAGUCAAUCAUGAGCAUCUC